AUGAGAGAAGAAGACUUGCAAGGAUCCGGGGGCGCGAUCGCCAGUGCGCCAGAAGGAGCAACAACCCCAAAGGCAGACAAAGUCAAGCACAUCGCCAUCCUAGACACCGACGUCAUGGUAACAGCCGUCCAAACCCUCUACGGACAAUACUACAGCGCCCAAUACAUCAAACGCCUCACCGCCGCCGCAACCCGCAUCGCAGCCUCCCACCUCGCCACCUUCACGACCUGGGACGUCGUAGCGGGCCACUACCCGAACCCGGCCGACGUCGACGCCAUUCUCAUCACGGGCUCCAUCGCCGCCGCCUACGACACGGACCCCUGGGUCCUCCGCCUCGGCGACUUCAUCCGGCGCGUCUACGAGCACCACCCCAACGUCCGCAUCUUUGGCACCUGCUUCGGCCACCAGCUCAUCGGCAAGGUCCUCCUCGAGCCCCACGGCGCCGUCGUGGAAAAGGACCCCAACGGCUACGAGUUUGGCGUUCAGACCAUCUCGCUGAACCCGAGACUUGUCGAGGACUAUCCCUGCCUGGCCGCUCUCGCGCCCACAACGACGACGACGACGACAACAGAUCCAACCCAGGACCCAGAGUCUUCUUCUUCAUCACCAACCCCUCACGGUCUGCGGCUACAAAUGUGCCACGGCGACCACGUAGCCCUCGCCCCGCCACCUCUCCCACCUCUCCCAGGAACCUGGCAGAACAUCGGCGGCAGCGCGCACUGCAGGGUCCAGGGCCUGUACGAGCCCUCCCGCGUCCUCACGAUCCAGCCCCAUUUCGAGUGCGACCAGGUCAUCAUGGAAGAGACCAUUAAGCAUUUUUACACGCCCGCCAAGGGGUUCUCGCCAGAGUUCCUGCAGCGGGCGUUCGACGCGACGAGGAGGGAGGACGACGCGGGUGUUGCUGCGGAGUGGGUGUUUCGAUUCUUGGUUGGUAUCUGA